AUGAGUAAUCCAAGCCAUGACAUUGGGUUGACAUGAAUUUACAUACAUGUUGUAAAUUACAGUAAAUUUUGCUCCUACAAAAGUGACUGUAAUUUUGUUUUUUACGAAUUUUCCAUGAAAAAACAACAUCAGAAGAAAAAAAAUUUUUAAAAGUGUAACUGAAUUUACAACAUCAUAAAAUUUUUUGCCAUUUUUGCAUGAAAAAACAACAUUCAAAAAAAAAGUAUGAAAUCGUUAAUUUAUAAGAUUAAAAAGAGAAAUCUCUAAAUAAAAUAGAUUAUAAAUACUAGACAACUUAUAGAUUAUUAGGCUAUAUAAUAAAGAUCAAAUGAAUUAAGAAAGUAUAUUGCACCUAAAUCAGGGCUUGAUUUUGCUAUUUAAAAGUUUUAUGCUCCCAAAAAGUUGCAUGAAAAAACCCGGAAAAAAUUUUAAAGUUUAUGUGAUGUGCAUACAAUCGAGCACUCAAAAUAAUGUUUAAUAGCAGAUAUAUGCUCUUCUAGCAAUUGUAUCUUUUUCGUUCAAAAUUAAAAGCGCUUUAUUCAUAACAAAUAAUAUAGGUAAUGUUUAAAAAAAAAAUAUUAAGCGCUUCAAAAAAGUUGCAUGAAAAAACCCGGAACUUAAUUUUUAAAAAAAAAAUUUGCAUGAAAAAAAAACCCCUUGUUGUUUUUUGACGCCCCAAAAAUUGCAUGAAAAAACCCAUAAUGGAUUUUUUUUUCUCGAAAAUUGCAUAAAAAAACAACAGUUAAUUUCUUACUCCCCCCCCCCCUCCGUGAGCGAACAAAACCAUUAGAAAAAUCGCCAUUUUUUGACCAAAAACCCACCCUCCGUGAGUGAACACAAAAAAUUUUUUUUAAUAGAAAAAAUUUUAAUGGAAAAAAAAUUUGGAUAUAUAAGUGAUAAUUAGUAUAAUGAAAUCUAGAGCUAAUUCUGUUUAAUUUUUAAACAAAUUGCGUUUUAAAACAUAAAUUUUGCAAAUUAAAUUAAUAUUUGCUUCCCAAUUUUUGCAAAUUAGGAUUUUUUUUAAAUUUCGAAAAAAUAUUUUUUAUAAAAAUUUAUAUAUAAAUUUUUUUUAAAAAAAAAAAUUAACCCCCCUCCGUGAGCGAACAAAAUUUUUUUGUUCGCUCACGGAGGGGGGGGGGAGUUAGGAAAUUUAAUGAAAUUUUUAAUGAAAAAAGGGAAUUUAGGCUUAGCAGUUUUGAUAAUAAUGAUAAUUUGUUUCUAAACAAUUUCAACACAAUUUCUAGCAUAUUUGCAAAUGUAUUACAUACUUUAUCUCUUAUCUCUGGCAAAUACUGUUUUUAAGCGAGUUACUAAAUAAAUAUGCCUAAUUUAGCUUUAUUAUAUUUACUUUUAACAUAAAUCUAGCAUAAAUUGCUAUAAAAACGGAUAGACCAUAAAGAGAUCAAUAAUUAUUUGUAUCACUCCAUUAUUUAUUAAUUUUUUUUUAUUUUAUAUAUUUUAUUUAUUUAAAAAAUUAUUUUUUGCAAAAUAUAUUGAAUACUGCUCAUGAGAGACAAAAGUGCUAUUUAUAAGCGAAUACAUGAUAAAUAGAAUUAGAAUCGCAUAAGAAAAAAUCAACUUAAUUUUCUAUCGACGCUAAUAUGUCAUAUAUUUUAAAAAAUUAUAAUUGCAACAUGGCAAUUUGAUUUAUAUAUUUAUUAUAAAUUUAAAUAGGUAUUAAGGUUUUAUAAAUAAAUAAAUGAUAUAAACAAUUUAAACAUAUUGAUUUAAUGUUAUCAGCGAUAGAUUGUGUACCGAUAUUGAACUAUCAAAUUGGAAUUGAUAUUUUGCAAAAAAUAAUUUUUUAAAUAAAUAAAAUAUAAAAAUAAAAAAAUUAAUAAAUAAUGGAGUGAUACAAAUAAUUAUUGAUCUCUUUAUGGUCUAUCCGUUUUUAUAGCAAUUUAUGCUAGAUUUAUGUUAAAAGUAAAUAUAAUAAAGCUAAAUUAGGCAUAUUUAUUUAGUAACUCGCUUAAAAACAGUAUUUGCCAGAGAUAAGAGAUAAAGUAUGUAAUACAUUUGCAAAUAUGCUAGAAAUUGUGUUGAAAUUGUUUAGAAACAAAUUAUCAUUAUUAUCAAAACUGCUAAGCCUAAAUUCCCUUUUUUCAUUAAAAAUUUCAUUAAAUUUCCUAAGAAAUUAACUGUUGUUUUUUUAUGCAAUUUUCGAGAAAAAAAAAAUCCAUUAUGGGUUUUUUCAUGCAAUUUUUGGACGUCAAAAAACAACAAGGGUUUUUUUCAUGCAAAUUUUUUUUUAAAAAUUAAGUUCCGGGUUUUUUCAUGCAACUUUUUUGAAGCGCUUAAUAUUUUUUUUUAAACAUUACCUAUAUUAUUUGUUAUGAAUAAAGCGCUUUUAAUUUUGAACAAAAAAGAUACAAUUGCUAGAAGAGCAUAUAUCUGCUAUUAAACAUUAUUUUGAGUGCUCGAUUGUAUGCACAUCACAUAAACUUUAAAAUUUUUUCCGGGUUUUUUCAUGCAACUUUUUGGAGCAUAAAACUUUUUAAAUAGCAAAAUCAAGCCCUGAUUUAGGUGCAAUAUACUUUCUUAAUUCAUUUGAUCUUUAUUAUAUAGCCUAAUAAUCUAUAAGUUGUCUAGUAUUUAUAAAAUCUAUUUUAUUUAGAGAUUUUCUCUUUUAAUCUUAUAAAUUAACGAUUUCAUACUUUUUUUUGAAUGUUGUGUUUUCAUGCAAAAAUGGCAAAAAAUUUUAUGAUGUUGUAAAUUCAGUUUACACUUUUAAAAAUUUUUUUUCUUCUGAUGUUGUUGUUUUUUCAUGGAAAAUUCGUAAAAAACAAAAUUACAGUCACUUUUGUAGGAGCAAAAUUUACUGUAAUUUUACAACAUGUAUGUAAAUUCAUGUCAGCCCCAUGACAUUAAGCACAAGCGAUCUUCAAGCUCCAUUUCGCACUCACUAAAACACUCUUCAAGUAAAAAAAAAUUUUCGUCACCUGAUUCUAAUAUAAAGAAUUCCUCAAAUAAGCCUACACGAGAAGAAGAAAAAGCAACGAUUCUAUCCAUGGAGAGGCCUGAUUGCCAAGUUUAUUAUCUGAUAGAAGCUUCUUGGAUAAAAGAAUGAGCACAUUAUAUCUCAGGAAGUGAGCCGCCUGGGAAACUCAGAACUAAAAAGCUUUUAGAUUCAAAUGGCAAACGAAAAAAGAAGCUAAGUUUAAAAAAAGAUUACAGAAUGCUCAACAGAGACCAAUGAUACUUCCUUAAAUCUAUAUAUGGAGCUGAUCCGUCUGUAAAGAAAAAGAAUAGACCAAAAUUAGAUGAAAGCAAAGUGAUAGAAAAAGAAGAAAGUCAUGAAGAUUCCCAAAGCACACCUAAAUCGUGUCCUUUGAACUUAAAACUGCCAGCUGCUUUUCGAACAUCCAACGCAUCUGAAAUUUCAUUUAUUAAAGAGACACAUACAAGGACAGUGUCUGAAAUCACUAUACAGAAACUAGAUCCUGCAGAUGCAGAAAUAGCAAACCUAAGUCCUCUUAUAUCUGCAGAGUCAGGAAAAGAUUCUUUAGAAUCAUUCACAAGAAGCACGAUGCAUAGCACUCCUCAAGAAACAAAUUCUGACUAUGCUUUUGUUAGCCCGUCAGAAUACUUAAAAAAAGGCUUAGUAGGGCUCGAUAACCCUAAAAAUUACUGCUAUAUGAAUGUUGGGGUCCAGCUGCUGCUAUCAAUUGUUCCACUGAGGGAUUUUUUUUACAAGCAAAAGCUUGAUGAAUCUGAUUUUCCAUUCACACACAGCUUCAUCAAUGUUACCACUUCAAUUUUCAAAAUGGACAGUGGAAGUAUCGGCCCACUUUCUUUGUGAAGACUUGUCAACAAAUCCUUUCCGCCUGGAAAGCAGCACGAUUUGCCUGAUUUUUUGAGGUUUUAUAUAGACAAGCUAGACACUGAGCUUACAAAGCCAAAUAUUUUGACUUCAUUUAUAUUCAAUGGUGUCACUGCAAGCAGGUUGAAAUGCAAAAACUGUGGGUAUGUCUCAGAAAAAUACGAGCCUUUUAUAGAUCUUCAGGUUGCUUUAGCGCCAACGUUGAGACAGUGCAUCCUUCAAUAUGCUGAAGAAGAAACAUUGCAUUACCGCUGUGAAGAGUGCUCUGAGGACGCAGUUUCCUGCAGGCGAUUCAUUCUAUCAACACCUCCUCGAUAUUUACUGAUCCAAAUCAAGCGGUUUAAAUCUGAGCCAAUCCCUAUUAAACUAGACACCCCUUGCAAGUUUCAUAAAAUUUUGGAUCUUACAACUUUUUCUGAAAAGAAAACCGAAUAUAAGCUGAUUGGCAUUGCUGUUCAUAUUGGAUCAAUGUCUUCUGGGCAUUAUAAAGCGUUUUGCAAAAGGGGCAGAAACUGGUAUUGCUUUGAUGAUAGUUUCUGCACAAAGAGCAGCCUGAAAGAAGUUCUUUCACAGCAAGCUUAUGUUUUGCUUUAUAAAUGUAUUAGUUUGUAA